AUGUCCGUCCGCGCUCGACUGCUUCUCCGCCCGGCGCUGCGCCUGAUGCCUGCGCGUCUCGCCCUCGCCCAGCCCCCGCUCCAGAGCAAUCAACAUUUCCUCACCUGUUCUCCCCUACACGCCUCGAGUGUCUCGCGCUUGCCGCGGAAGUCGCCCCUCGACACAGGUCACAAAGAUCUUCUUGCGCACGGCGAAGUGCAGAUGAAGACCGCGAUCCAGCCCUUUGACAGCUGGCGCAUGAUGGCUGCGAAGGUGUUUGGAAUUGCUGGCGCCUACGUCUUCCUCGCCGGGCUCGCGGCUGGGGUGUGUUACGUCGGAGUCGUAUUGUGGCCGUGA